AUGGCAAUCCAAGAGCAAGGACCCCUCCUCCCCGUCAUCAUCGUUGGCGCGGGCGUCAGCGGCCUGCUGCUCGCGCAGUACCUACGCAAAACCAACAUCCCCUACCGCAUCUACGAGCGCGACACGGACCUCACGACACGCGGCGUCGGCUGGGGCUUGACGCUGCACUGGUCUCUGCCGGCGCUGCGAUCCCUGCUGCCGGACAACCUCGUCGCGCGGCUGCCCGAGGCCUACGUCGACCGGGCCGCCGUCGAGAGGGGCGAGGCCUCGGCGUUCCCCUUCUUUGACCUGAGCACCGCCGAGCUCAAGGGUGCUAGCCCACGCGCCCCGGAGAGUCUGAGGAUCAGGGUCACGAGGGAGAGGUUGCGGCGUUUGGUGGCUACGGAUAUCGACAUUCAGUGGGGGAAGGGCUUCACGAGAUUCGAAGAAAAUGAAACCGGCGUCGUUGUCUCCUUUGACGACGGCUCUUCGGUGGCUGGUCGCGUGCUCGUCGCCUGCGACGGGGGCCCUUCCCGUGCUCGGCGCCAGCUCUUCCCGGAACAGCACGAGAGACACCGGAUUCCGGUCCGGCUACUUGGCCUCAAGUUGCAGUUGACUCCCGAAGAGAUAGAGCCGAUCCGGAAGCUCGACCCUUUUUUCCUACAAGGCGCAUCGUCUCGGAACGAUACGUUUCUCUAUCUCAGCGUGCUCGACGCCCCCAGAAACAACGAGGACAGCACGGGCACGUACAGCUGCCAGCUGUGCAUCUCGUGGCCGGAUCGCUCCGGCUUCCUGGGCAAGCCGGAGCCGACCUGCUAUCCGUUGACGGACGCCGGCAAGGUCGAGCUCAUCAAGUCGUUUGCCCAAGGGUGGUCGGAGCCGUUUCGUUCCCUUGCUCUUGGCAUUCCCGCUGACACUGACGUGAAACACCUCGACCUCUACGAUUUCCCUCCGCCGAAAGGGUUGAGGUCCAAGGGCAGGGUUGUGCUGAUGGGCGAUGCCUUUCAUGCCAUGGCGAUGUACAGAGGCGAGGGUGCCAACCACGCCAUCCUCGACGUUCUCGACUUUGCAGAGACUGUGGCGCCCAAGUUGAGCGCUAGCAACAGUACAUGUAACUUUGCGGACCUGCGAGCCGCCCUCGACAUCUACGAAAAUGCUGUCGUCUCCAGAGCCCGACCCGGCGUGCUAGCGUCGCGGCGGGCAUGCAUGGAUGCGCACGACUGGCCCAAGAUUAGCUCUACGAGCCCUCUUCUCAGCAAGCGGGAGAUGAAGCUUCAGUUUGAUGAAGAGUAA